CGUUUGGUGAUCCCAAGCACAUCCAAGGCUUUUCCAUCGGUCUAAGGGUUUGUUUGCCGAAGAAAAGUGCCUGUUCAACCCUGUUAACCAUGUUGAGUCCCAAGAGACUUGUCGAGAAGGCAAAGAGGGGUUUCCCGUUGAUGAGAGCUCCCAGUUCCGGCGCUUGCACGACAGUGGUCGCUGAGAAGGGCCAUUUCGUGGUGUACACUGUGGACGAUGCGAGGUUCAUGGUCCCAUUGGCGUUCCUCAAGAACCGUCUAUUUCAGGAGCUACUAAGGGUGUCGGAGGAGGAGUUUGGACUACCAGGCGAUGGGCCGAUCACGUUGGCGUGCAGCGCGGUUUCCAUGGAGUACAUCCUCUCCUUGCUCGGUAGACGCAUGUCCGGAGAUGUGGAGAGGGCUUUGCUUGCCUCCAUCAUCGAUGCAGACCGGUGCAGGCUGGUUCAUCCCGGAUGUCACCAGCAACAAAUAAUAGCGUCGUAGAAGCACAAAUGUUUCCGUCUACUGAAUCGUGUGUCGCAUGUACAGAGAUUUCCCACCAGCAGAAGUUGGUUGUCCAUUUGCUUUCAAGGUUGUCAAAGGCCAAGUACGGGAGCCUUUGCUUUUUGAGUCCUCACUAUCCUCCCAAGUCCAACUGGGAGUUGGGAUGGGUCUUCGUUAGGGCUUUUCAGAUUUUGAAGCCUGGCUUCUUGUAUUUCAUUCGUAAUAAUCAGAUCCUUUUUCUCUUGUAUUUA